GUCAACUUGACUGUAACACCCCGCUUUCAAACAGAGGAAGCAAAGCCGGAGAAGGCCUGAAAGGCGUGAUUAUGGACAUAGUUCCGAGGUUAUCCUCUUGAUGACUCCGACAGAUUUGGUCCCUGCAAUUCAGUCCUAGUUGUCAAUGUCAAAACACGGACUCAUACUCUUCCUUGGCUGCGAUAUUCUUCAUCUCGCCUUUCUGAAAGAGAACGAAAAUAUCAAACAUAGGAUCGCGUUACGAUGUCUCCCUUGAAAACUGCCUUGAUCAUCGGUGCCACAGGCGCCCAGGGCAUUCCGGUGGUCAAGUCGCUUGUUGCGGAUGAUCAGUAUGCUGUUCGAGCUUUUACCCGCAACCCGCAAAGUCCGGAUGCUCAGUUGAUCUCAUCAUUUCCAAAUGUCUCUCUAUUUGUUGGCAACUCAUUCGACGAGAAUGACUUGCGCAGAGCAUUUCAGGGCGUACAGCUCGCGUAUGUAAACAUCAAUGGCUAUGUCACCGGUGAGAAAUGCGAGCUCUACUGGGGCAUACGCACCUUUGAACUUGCAGUCCAAAGCCACAUCGAGCAUUAUGUCUGGGGAAGCCUGGACUACUCACUAAAGAAGGGGCUUUUCAACGAGAAGUUCCGAUGCGGACAUUAUGACGGCAAAGGUAAAGUUGCUGAUUGGCUGUUAACUCAGGCUCAGUCUACAACCUCGACCACGAUCUCCGUUCUAACCAGCGGUCCGUAUAUGGAGCUGCUAUAUGAAUUCAUGCUUCCCAAGAAGACCCCCGAGGGAGUAUACCAAUUCAUUGCACCCCUGGGUGAUAAUGGCCAUGUUGCAUUAAUCCACCUCGAAGAUCUGGGUCACUACGCACGUUGGUUGUUUGAUAACCGCAAGCAGGCCAGUGGGUUGAACCUCGAGGUUGCCACGGAGCAUGUUAACUGGACUGUUCUGGCCAACACCUUCACCAAAGUUACGGGAAAGCCGGCUCAAUACUUGGAUGUUGCUCUGCAAGAAUACUUCGACAAGCAUUAUCCGGCUGGUCGGAAGGCUGUGGAUCGCAAAAUCGGCUCUGCCGUCGACAAAAAAGACCCGACUCUGCAGACUUGGAGAGAGAACUUUGGUGGCUUCUGGAAUAUGUGGAAAUAUACAGGCCCCAACACGGGCAAUAUUACAAGAGACUAUGACUUUUUGGGCUUGAUUCAUCCCACAAGAGUCAGAACGGUGGAAGAAUGGUUGAGAAAAGUGGGAUAUGACGGAGAGCCCCGGCGGCUGUUGAAGGAUUGGGCAGACGGUGGCAUUGCGGUGGCAGGGCCAACUGCAGCCGUUAAGCUGUAGUCAUCAAUACAUACAUUUCUA